AUGAAUCUUCCUUCCUUGUUGACUGGCAUUGGCUGGAACUCCUUGGUGGAAGACCAACGUUUCAGUUUCUGUCCUGAAGCAGUAAGGAUGUUCUACGUGAGCAUCAAGAGGGGGCCUGGGCCUGAACCCUCAUUCUUCACGACUGUGGUUUACAAUCACACAAUCAGGGUGACCCCUGAUCUUCUUGCAUCCGUUCUCUCGCUCACUCACUCCGGACUUCAAGCGAGUUUUGAUGGGGAGUUUCACGACCUGGGAUUCGACUUUUUAGCAUCGCUGUCCCAACUUACUGAAGAUACCGGACGAUACUUUCCUAAUCAUCUGGCCGCCGGUCGGCUCCCAGAUGAUUUGAAGGUGUUUCAUUGGUUUAGCACUCGAUGCUGGCUUCCACGUGACUUAUGGAGCUCGGAUGUGCUCCACCCCACAGAUCUAUGGAUCAUGUCUCACGCACGAGCUUGA